AGUUCCCUCAAUUUUAGCAUUUCGUUAAUUUUAAGUAAAAAUAUAAUUUUUAUAAAUGGAAAUUACAUUGGCGCUGCUGAAACCACAUGUAGUUCGCAAUGUCUACGCAUUGCGAGAGAUAAAACAAAUAAUACAGCAGAAUUUUAAAAUACUACACACCAAAGAAGUGCUUAUUACGAAAGAGUUGUCUGAACAUUUCUAUGCCGAGCACAAAGGAAAGUUCUUCUACAACCGACUGGUGACAUUCAUGGGCAGUGGCCCCUGUCAGGCGUUCGUUUUGCAGUCAAAAGGCAGCAUCGCUAAGUGGCGCGAGUUGAUGGGCCCAACAAAGGUUUUCAAAGCUGUGUACUCACAUCCCGAUUGUAUACGUGGGCUUUAUGGUCUCUCCGACACGCGUAAUGCCUGUCAUGGUUCCGAUAGUGAAGAAUCUGCGACCAGAGAAAUUUCUAUUUUAUUCCCCGAGUUAAAUAUAAAUCAAUUAACGGCUAUUGACAGCAAUAGUUGACUGAGGAAUUAUGUUAAAUUGAAACUGAUUGUGAUUGCAUUUAUUUGAGCACAAGUAGCUGUUAAAAUCCAAAUAGAUUAACAUUUCUAAAUACUAAGUUAUGUAAAUGUUAGCAAGAUUGUUAAAUUGAAUUCAACGGCGCAUGUUAUUUAAAGUAAGGUGAGUUUUUUUGCCACCUAAUUAGUUGAGAAACAGUUCUAAGAAUCUUUAAGGGCUUACAGUGAUUUUAAACUUUCUACAGAAGAAUGGAAAUCAAGAAGCUAUAUCGGUAUUUUAUAGCUGAUGUUCUAGUUUUUUAUGAUAUCAUAACUUGGAAUAACAAUUGUUUGUAUAUACCGAGGUAUAAUUAGGACAGAUAGAAAUACGAGUUCUGUGUAGAAAUUGUUGUCAAAUGAUCGCCAUUCAUUUGAGAGUGGCCAUAAACGAUUCUUUAACAUAUGGCUCAAGCAGCUCACUACU